GUCCCGGAUUUUUCCACCUCCUCAAAUAAAUAAAUAAGAAACUUGCAGAUCUGCCGGGCGUCGGCGGAGGCUGGAAGGAUCCGGAGGCCCUCCCCACCGGCUGAGCGCCUGGACCGCAGGUGGCGAGGAUGGGCCCGGCCAAGAUGCCCAGCAAGGCUGCCCUCGGGAGCGGCACUGGGAGGCAGUGGAGCUGGCCUCGGCACCGGGAGAGGCUGGACUUCCCGUCUCUCUGUGCUGAAUGGCUGCGAUGGCGCCCGCUCUCACUGACGCAGCAGCUGAAGCUCACCACAUCCGAUUCAAGCUGGCUCCCCCGUCCUCCACCUUGUCGCCUGGCAGUGCCGAGAGCAACGGCAACGCCAACAACAUCCUCCUGGCUGCCAACGGCACCAAAAGGAAAGCCAUUGCUCCGGAGGAUCCCAGUUUAGAUUUCCGAAACAACCCUACGAAGGAAGAGCUGGGCAAGCUGCAGCCACUAGUGGCCUCUUAUCUCUGCUCGGAUGUAACAUCUGUUUCUUCAAAAGAGCCUCUGAAGCUGCAAGGAGUCUUCAACAAGCAGACAGUCCUUAAAUCUCACUCUCUCUUAUCUCAGUCCUUCUUAAAAACAAGUGAUCUGUUGGGGAGGCAACCAGUGUUGGAAUUCACUUUGGAGAAUCUGAAAACGAUGAGUACUAACGGCCAGCCACCUCUCCCGCAAGCGCCUGUAAAUGGCUUGGCCAAGAAAUUGGCUAAAAGUACCAAUUCAGACCACGAAAACUCUAGUUCUCUGAAUGGUGGGAAGUGUGCUCCUCCUGCUGCUACCCUCCAGGGUGUUGACUAUAAUGCAGGAGGUUCUGAAUUGGGGGACUUGAAGACUGGGUUGACCAAUUGCACUCUUCCACAUAGAAGCCUUGAUGCAGAGCACACAACUUCAUUUAGCAAUAAUAGCACUGCAAACAAAUCUGCCCUUAAUUCCACAGAGCAACAGGAGGUGCUCGAGGGUGGCAGUGGAGAGACUAGGUUGCCUGGUGUUGCCAGUCACUCUGACUUUGCGAGCAGUAGGUUGGAGGAGCAGAAACCACCUUUGUUGGCCGGUCACCACAGUGCUCUUGACUCUGAGAUGAGGACGAGGGCGUUGCUGCGGCGGCAGGCAGACAUUGAGAACCGUGCCCGCCGGCUGCAGAAGCGCUUGCAGGUGGUGCAGGCAAAGCAGGUGGAGAGACACAUCCAGCAGCAGUUGGGUGGCUUCUUGGAAAAAACUCUGAGCAAGCUUCCAACUUUGGACCCCCUGAGGCAUCGGAGCCAACUGAUGUUGACCAGGAAAGCAGAAGCAGCCUUGAGGAAAGCUGCGAGUGAGACAGUUACUUCAGAAGGCUUAAGCAACUUCUUGAAGAGCGAUUCAAUAUCAGAAGAACUGGAGAGAUUCACGGCCAGCGGUAUGGCCAACUUGAGAUCCAGCGAACAAGCGUUUGACUCGGAUGUCACUGACAGCAGCUCGGGAGGAGAGUCUGAUGUUGAAGAAGAGGAACUGACCAAAGCAGACCCAGAACAACCCCACGUACCGCUGAGGCGAAGGGCAGAGUGGAGAUGGGCAGCAGACCGUGCAGCCAUUGUCAGUCGCUGGAAUUGGCUUCAAGCCCACGUCUCGGACCUGGAAUACCGAAUCCGGCAGCAAACGGACAUUUACAAGCAGAUUAGAGCCAACAAGGGGCUGAUAGUUCUUGGUGAAGCGUCACCCCCUGAUCCUGCAGUAGAUGAUGCCUCCCGUCCCGUUAGUGCUGAAGUUAAGCUGGAGCCUGGGGCUGACCGGCUGAGUGUUUCUGGGUCCCAGCCACUAGAGAACUUGGGUAUUUCUGCUACAAAUACUCCUGAAUCCCAUCCUGCCAAGCCCUGUGGAGCACCAAGACCCGUCAAUGGAGUUAUUAACACUCUUCAGCCUGGCCUGGCAGAACACGCUCAGGGAGAUGGCCAGGAAGCUGAGGAGCUCUUGCAUAAAAAGCAACGACUGAACAUGGUUUCUUCAUCUUCAGAUGGAACGUGUGUAGCAGCUCGCACUCGCCCAGUACUGAGCUGUAAGAAGCGGCGGCUUGUUCGACCUAGCAGCAUUAUGCCCCUUUCCAAAAAGGUCCAUCGUAAUAGCCUGGUGCGAUGUAGCUGUGAUGUGAACCCUUCGUGUGCUCUGUGUGGCACUCGAAGCUCGAUGGCUCUGGAAAUCCAGUACGAUGCCCCUUUGCUGGAGCGCCUCUCCCAGCUGGACUCAUGUAUUCAUCCUGUCCUGUCAUUCCCAGAUGAUGUGCCGACGAGCCUGCACUUCCAGAGCAUGUUGAAAUCUCAGUGGCAGAACAAACCCUAUGAGAAAAUUAAACCUCCCAAAAAGCUCUCGCUCAAACACAGAGCCCCCAUGCCUACCAGCAGCCUGUCUGACCCUGCUCGCAAGGACCGCCACAAGCUGGUGAACUCCUUCUUCACUGCAGCCAAGCGCUCACAUCAAAAAAUCCAACCAGACAAGGCACACAGGCCACCUUUAGACGAUUUUACGGCCAUGUCCAAGGCCGAGAGAGCGCCAGAGCGCUCGCUUGUCCAGCCUCCUGCCUAUGACAAAAAGCGAUUGCGAGACUGCUCAUCUGAGAGGAGUGAAGUGCUGAAGCAUCACACGGACAUCGGUGGCCCAAGCUACUUGUCAGCAGCUGCGACCCCCGCACCUCACAGCCCUAUAGCACGGCAACUGUCCACCUCCUCGGAAGGCUCCGCUCCUGCCAGCACGAGUUCACAGGGCACCUCCAGCACAGCCCAGCCAAGGAGAAGAAGAGGCGAAAGUUCAUUCGACAUUAACAACAUCGUCAUCCCGAUGUCCGUUGCUGCCACGACUCGUGUGGAGAAACUGCAGUACAAAGAGAUCCUCACACCCAGCUGGCGUGAAGUGGACAUCAGCGCUCUGAAAGCAAACCCUGAUGAAGACAAUGAGGAGAUUGAGGACUUGUCUGAUUCAGCCUUCGCUGCUCGGCAUGGCAAGUGUGAAGAGAUGGAGCGGGCCCGGUGGCUUUGGAGCACGAGCAUGCCCCCACAGCGGCGGGGCAGCAGGUCUUACAGAUCGACAGACGGACGGACGACCCCCCAGCUGGGGAACCCUUCGACUCCCCAGCCAGCAUCCCCCGAUGUGGGCAACUGCCACUCCCAUUUGGAGCUGUCCCAUACCCACUCACCGCGCAGCCCCAUCAGCCCCGAACUGCUCUCUGCCCCUCUUACCCCCCUCUCCCGUGACUCCAUGCGGCUUCUGUCCAGCGAGGACACCCGUUGCUCCACGCCCGAGGCCGGCCUUGAUGAGCAGGCUGUGCAGCCCUGGGAGCGACGCAGCUUCCCGCUCUCAUACGAUCCCAGGACAGAGUGCGAGGACCAAUCUGACCCACAAGACCGGUUGUCGCGCUGCACCCGGCGCACGUCGGGCAGUAAAUCCUCCCGGGAGACCGAUGGCACUUCUGCUUUGCCCAACCUGGCCAGCCUCAAGAGCCGAACCCCCCUGGCAACACCCUCCUCCUCCUCCUCUUCCUCUGCAGCAGUUCAGCGGCCAGCGCACAGAUAGAGACAUACGGGAAGACAUGAGCAAAACCAACACACAGAACUAACUCUUGGCAUUAAAGCUUCCAAAAUCUGCGUUUGAUAUUCAAACAUCCUGCCGGGAAUUUUCACAGUUUUUAGUGAAUUUAAGGAGUUUAGAAACUGUUUUUUGUUUUCUUUUUUUUUUUCUUUUUUUUUCCUUCUCCAUGUUUCCUUGUCACACAAAUGAGAGCCCCCAGAUUUCCUCCCAGUGGAGUGAAGCCUUGGGAGGGGAGAAGCCCACCAGACCCCCUCCCUCUUUCCUCCCCUCCCUCCUUAGGUGUAUAAAACUAGAGCACAGGAUUUAGCUGACUAGCAGACUUCGGGGAUAGUUUUUCUCAAGCAAAAGGGUGUCUUUUUCUCUUAACCCGCUACCCCCCCUCCCUGAAAGGUUUUAGUGGAGUGAAAUUAGUGGUGAAAAGAGAUGUCUUGGGAUUGCAACCUUCACUGGCUGUCCAUCUGUCCCCAUGUGCGGAGUGCCCAUCCUGCACUUUCACACUCUGGCGUUUUCCUCCCCUAGGUUGUAGUUCCAGGUAUCCCAGGGAAUGGCUCUGCCCUCUCCCGCUCCCCGUGUUCCCCCUGAUCUCACCUCUGCCCCUGGGGCCACCCGCCACCUACUCCUUCCUUCUCUCCUGGUUUGGGAGCAGCCGUUUGCUGUGCCGAGGUCUGGCUGCCCUGCCCGCUGGGGGAAAAGGAAGGACCCUUCUAGCCGCUUCACGCACAGCUCCGUGUGGGAGGAGUGGGAGUUCAGAAGCAACCUUGCAUGUUUCUCCUGGGUCAAAGGGAGGGAGGGAAGAGUCCCCAGUCUGGUGCGGUUGGAUGCUUCAAGCAGAAGCAGAAGUCACAAUGCACUUGACGUGGCUGUUGGCCGAGGCCAGCAGCAGCUUAAAUACGGGUAAUACGGGGCUGCGAGGCCCCCAUUAGGGGUGGGAAGUUGGGGGGAGGGCAGGGCU